GAACCAGCCACACCAGACGUGAUAGCGCCGCGCACAUUUGUCAUCACAAGGACAUUAAAUAACCACACCUGGACAGGGCACAGAUUGUAGAUGCUGAAUCCCAGAGGAGUGAACCGAGAUGAUGCAGAGGAAGCUGGUGCUGCUGGUUGGCAUCACCAUGGUUACCCUCCUCAUGAUACUGAAGAGGGAGCACGUGAUACGCCUGGUGAACUUGAUGAGACCUUACUCCCCGUCUGUCCUGUUCGACUCAGAACUCACACUGCAACCAUGGCAGCGGGCACCCACGGACACCAUCACCCCCAUCCCAGGCUCCAAGCACCUCAUGGUGUCUGCGUUUAAGGACCACAGACAGGGUGGGGCUAUCCGGGUCAUCAGCAUCAUCUGCAGGCAGGAGCUGCAGCCGCUCUACUGCGUCCUGUGUGCCAACGAUGAUGCUAACGCUAACGUUGAUGGUAGUGCUAGCACUGGUGCUAAUGCUAGGCCAAAUGCUAAGGCUAAUGGGGCUCUGGGUCAGUGCACAACCUCACAGGCAGAAGUUGAUGUACACAGUGAUAACUUUGGCUUUCCUUUUCACACCUCAGAUGUGUUUUGUAUUACUACAACAUCACAGCAAGCUUCAUAUGUCAGUAUAACAACUGACCCAAACAAAAGUGGCAGUUUGACAUAUUUAUCAGUCCAAAACCAGAAGGUCAAAGAAUAUUUUAGGUACAAUUUUACUGUAUGCAUAUCCAAUCUUUUUGGGAAGUACAAUAACGCCCUCCAGUUUGCACAGACCAUGGAGGUGUACAAGCUGAUUGGGGUUCAGAGGGUUGUCAUCUACAACACCAGCUGUGGCCCAGAUGUUGAUAAAGUCCUCUCGUAUUACAGGAGAGAGGGUAUGCUGGAAGUUGUGCCUUGGCCAAUAGACAAGUUCCUAACGCCCUCUACUGGGUGGAGUUAUGACUUGCACCACGGUGACAUUCAUUAUUACGGUCAGCUGGCCACUCUGAAUGAAUGUAUAUACAGAUAUAUGUACCAGUCAAAGUACCUCCUGCUGAAUGACAUUGAUGAGAUCAUUAUGCCUUACAAACAUGGUAAACUGGACAAGCUAAUGGAUACAUUGCAGCAGCAACAUCGCGAUGCAGGGGUCUUCAGGAUCGAGAACCAUGUUUUCCCCAAAACGCAGUUGGAUGACAGUGGGCGAUUUCGUCUGCCUCAGUGGAGGGACGUGCCUGGUGUGAACAUCCUGGAGCACAUCUACCGAGAGCCAGACAGGAAGGACGUGUUCAACCCCACCAAGCUGCUGAUUGAUCCCCGGAGAGUGGAGCAGACCUCGGUCCACACCACACUGAAACAGUUUGGACCUGUUGUCGCUGUCCCGUUCGAUGUCUGUCGCAUGAUCCACGUCACUGUCCCCCUGCAAGGACACCUCUCCAAAGACCAGCUGCUCGUGGACAAAAAACUCUGGGAGUUUGAGAAGCGCUUGAUUCCCAGCAUUGAUCAUGCACUGAAUCAAUCAGGUUUGCUGUGAAUCACUGAUGUCCCCAGCUGUGAUACUGUUUCAAAAAUAGAAUCACCUUUGUGUCAUUUGUAUGUUCAUUGUAAUAAAAAAACAAUCAAGCACACAUUUCUCAGCCAAAGACAAACAUACAUAACUCAAAAUCAAGGUCCUGUAAGACUUAGACUGAUUUCCCCUACAGAGGACAAAAAUGAAUUGCCGGGUCUCAGGAGGAUACAGUGACGCAGAAAUUGACCAUAAAUUACCCUGUAGUGAGAUAUUCUUACAUGGUUUAUUAUAGUCCAAAACCCGGAAAAGCCCCCUAAAGACCCUCCUUGCACAGCGCACAUUAUGUGUGGCCCAAUUAGACGACAAUUGUUUUUGUAUCAGUAGAUGUUCCUCUCUCCAGCAACACAUCCACCAAAGCCACUGCGAAUACGAGAUAAUGGCUCUUUAAAAUGACCAAAAUUUAGAGGGAAAAUUCUGCUUUCAGUGGUUCAGAUAACCUCCUAGUGCACUUUUUGGUCUGUAAAACUAGGGAACCUAGGCUCUAUGGAAAUAUAAAGCUUAUGUUCAUAUCUUGGAUAAUCAGGGUAGCCAUUGCAAUUUCAGUAAUUUUCAGUCAAAUUGUUGGAUUUUUGAGGGUCUCUGAGGGGGUCCCAGAACUCCAUAACAAAAAAAGCUUAAAGGUUUUAAUUAUAUGGCUGUUCAUAAUUCCACAUACUUAUCACACAUGCAAAGUAUGAGCCAAUUUGUCCGACCCCCCUCUUCCGACCUCUGCCCGGUUUUCUCAUGCAACAAUUCUCAUGUGUAAACCUCUGUGACUGUCUGUGUGCUCUCCAAAGUCAGUAAAGAUACUAGCCUGGCACGCCCUCCCAGUAACAUAGCCUAACACCUUCGGCGUUGCUGUCGCUGGUCUGGCCAACUGCUCAUCGGGCAGGAUUUCUGAAUUCCCCAAAACUGCGGAACUGCGAAACUGUGGUCGAGAACCAAUCAACUUUGAGCAGCUCCAACGGCUCUGGGUAGAGGCGUGUUCAAGGCAGAGGAAAGAGUGUUGUUAUUGGUUUAAACUCGGCAAACCCCUUUCUGACAUCGACCAGUAACAAAUCGAUGCACUUAAAGGAGGCGGGUCAACCAAGCGCUUGGAGAAACCGUUUAGCACAGGCUCUUGGUCAGACUAAAGUCUCGCAGAGCCUUUCAAGUUGAUGGCAAUCAAGCUAUAAAAAUACUACCUGUCGGCCUAAGCAAACCACAGACCAAUGGUCUGGACUCAUGUGCAGGAGGGUCAUUGUGUCAGAGAUGCUGUAGAA